AUGGAUCAAGCGGCUGCUCAACCUCGGAAAUGCCCCGGGCUGAACUGCGAGAAUGAUGCAUCCUCACUACAGUGUCCCAAGUGUAAAGAGAUGGGCGUUGACAGUUUCUUCUGCUCACAAGACUGCUUCAAGCGGAGUUGGGCUGAACACAAAGUUCUACACAAGAGUACGAAUCCCUUCCGAAAGUUCAUUCCUCCCAAGGUUGUGUCUAAAGUCGAUCCAGAGAGCGGCCACUUCAACCCUUUUCCUACCUACCCUUUUACUGGUUCUCUGAGGCCUGUAUAUCCUCUGUCUCCGAAACGGGAGAUCCCAAAGUCAAUACCGCAUCCAGAAUGGUCGCAGGAUGGAAUACCCAGAUAUCCAUAUGUCCGUAAAAACAACGUCCAGGUACUCGAUGAAAAGGGCAUCGCGGGCAUGCGCAAGGUGUGCAGAUUAGCCAGAGAAGUCCUCGACAUCGCCGCCGCUGCAGCAAAGCCCGGGGUGACGACAGACUACAUUGAUGAGAUUGUCCACAAUGCUUGUAUAGAGCGCAAUUCCUACCCAUCCCCCCUGAACUACAACCACUUCCCGAAGUCCGUCUGCACGUCCCCGAACGAAGUCAUCUGUCACGGCAUUCCCGACCAGCGAGUUCUCCAGGAUGGCGACAUCCUCAACAUUGACGUCACGCUGUAUCAUGAAGGUUACCACGGCGAUCUGAACGAAACAUACUACAUCGGCGACAAGGCCAAGGCUGAUCCAGACAACGUCCGCCUCGUCGAAACCACACGCCAAUGUUUGCAAAAGGCCAUUGAUCACGUCAAGCCUGGAGUGAAAAUUGGCGACUUUGGAGACAUCAUCGAGAAACACGCCAAAUCCCAGAGUCUUAGCGUUGUCAAGACGUAUUGUGGCCACGGCAUCAACUCCUUGUUCCACUGCGCGCCUAAUGUGCCGCAUUAUGCGAAGAACAAGGCAGUGGGAAAAUGCAAGGCAGGGAUGACCUUUACGAUCGAGCCGAUGAUAUGUUUGGGCAGUUACAAGGACAAGACAUGGCCCGAUGACUGGACGGCAGUCACAAGCGAUGGAAGCCGCUCUGCCCAAUUUGAGCAUACGUUGCUGGUCACGGACGAUGGAGUCGAGGUUCUAACUGCCCGGUUACCGAAUUCGCCCGGUGGUCCGGUUCCUAUGCCAAGUUCUGAAGCGACAAAUGGAGAAAUCACCGGGGAUACAACACAGGCUUGA